AUGAGCUCUCCCUGGGAGCGGAGUGUGGACCUGGCUCGUUUCUACACUGUCACUGAGCCCCAGCGACACCCGAGGGGCUACACAGUGUAUAAGGUCACCGCCCGGGUUGUUUCACGAAGAAAUCCAGAAGAUGUCCAGGAGAUAAUCGUAUGGAAGAGAUACAGUGAUUUUAAGAAACUACACAAAGAACUAUGGCAUAUCCACAAAAAUUUAUUCCGACAUUCAGAAUUGUUUCCUCCAUUUGCUAAAGCAAAAGUAUUUGGUCGAUUUGAUGAGACUGUUAUUGAAGAGAGAAGACAGUGUGCUGAAGAUUUGCUACAGUUCUCUGCUAACAUUCCUGCUCUUUAUAAUAGCAAACAACUGGAUGACUUUUUCAAGGGUGGAAUAAUUAAUGAUGGCUCUGAAUUGAUUGGCCCUGCUGAAGUAUACUCGGAUAGCUUUGCUACAGGUAGUACAGAAGGCUUCUCCAGUGACAGUGAUCUCAUAUCUCUUACCGUUGAUGUGGAUUCUCUUGCUGAAUUAGAUGAUGGAAUGGCUUCCAAUCAAAAUUCUCCCACUAGAACUUUUGGUCUCAAUCUUUCUUUGGAUUCUUCAGCCCUAGGGGCUCUCGCUUCUGACAGUGAACAGAACAAAACAGAAGAAGAACAACGGGAAAGCCGUAGCCUCUUUCCUGGCAGUUUAAAACAUAAACUUGGCAAGAAAGAUUAUUUGGAGAAAGCAGGAGAAUUAAUAAAGCUGGCUUUAAAAAAGGAAGAAGAAGAGGACUAUGAAGCUGCUUCUGAUUUUUAUAGGAAGGGAGUGGAUUUACUCUUAGAAGGUGUUCAAGGAGAGUCAAGCCCUACCCGCCGAGAAGCUGUGAAGAGAAGAACUGCAGCGUAUCUCAUGCGGGCGGAAAGUAUAUCUAGCCUUUAUGGAAAAUCUCAGUUUGAUGACGUAUCACAGCCUCCAGGAUCACUAAGUUCAAGGCCCCCUUGGAACCUAAGGAGCCCUGCCGAGGAGCUGAAGGCCUUCAGAGUCCUUGGGGUGAUUGACAAGGUUUUACUGGUAAUGGACACGAGAACAGAACAGACCUUCAUUUUAAAAGGUCUAAGGAAAAGCAGUGAAUACAGCAGGAACAGAAAGACCAUCAUCCCCCGCUGUGUGCCCAACAUGGUGUGUCUGCACAAGUACAUCAUCUCUGAGGAGUCGGUAUUUCUUGUGUUGCAGCAUGCAGAAGGUGGCAAACUCUGGUCAUAUAUCAGUAAGUUUCUGAACCGGAGUCCUGAAGAAAGCUUUGAUAUCCAAGAAGUGAAAAAAUCUACACUUACUAAAGUUCACUUGCAAAAACCAACUCCUAGUCCUCAGGACAGCAGCAGUUUCGAAUCUAGAGGAAGUGAUGGUGGAAGCAUACUUAAAGCUCUGCCUUUGAAGGCUAGUCUUACUCCAAGCUCUCAAGAUGAUAGCAUCCAGGAAGAUGACGGCCAAGAUAGCUCUCCAAAAUGGCCAGACUCUGGUUCAAGUUCAGAAGAAGAAUGCACUACGAGUUAUCUAACAUUAUGCAAUGAAUACGGGCAAGAAAAGAUUGAACCAGGGACUUUAAAUGAGGAGCCCUUUAUGAAGACUCAAGAUGCCAAGGCUGUUGACCGCUUCGCAGCACCUCUUGCUGCCAACUCUGACAGCCCCAGCCCACAGCUUGUAUCUCACGAGCUGAAGCUCUUCCCUGAAGAGGACCACCCAGAAGCAGUUCGUUCUCCAAGAACAUCUGAUUCCCUCAGUAGAUAUAAAACUAGCCCUAUGGAAUUCUUCAGGAUAGACAGUAAGGAUAGCACUAGUGAACUCCAGGGACUUGACUUUGGAGAAAAAUUGUACUGCCUAAAAUCAGAACCCUUGAAACCAUUCUUCCCUGUUCCAGAUGGGGACAGCACUUCUAGGAGUUUCAAGACGGGUGAGAACAAGGCGGAAUUUAAAGCUCAGGACACCAUCAGCCGAAGCUCAAAUGACUCAGUCCCAGUUAUUUCUUUCAAAGAUGCUGCUUUUGAUGAUGUCAGUGGUACUGAUGAAGGAAGGCCUGAUCUUCUUGUAAAUCUUCCUGGCGAAUUGGAGCCAACAAAAGAAACUGCAGCAAUGGGACCUACUAAGUUUACACAAGCUAACAUCAGCGUUUUAGAAAGUAAACUAUUGGAAGCCCCCGAUGUUUUAUGCCUCAGGCUUAGUACUGAACAAUGCCAAGCACUGGAAGAAAAAGGAACUGAGGAGUUGAGUGGUGGUCCUCAUAGGCCCAAAUCCCACAGUACAACGGAGAAACACUAUACACAGGAGGAUCUUAGGACGUUGUUUGUAGCAACUGUUGAUAGUAGCUGCUCAGGAGACAUAACUCUGUUACAAAGCUCAGAUCCAAAGUUUCAAGGACUUGGAGUGAUUGGGUCAGCACUAACUGUAAACAACGCAGAAGAAACCUUUUCCCCCAUUUCUAACCCACUCUCAGGUGCCAAUAAAAAUGAAACAAAUGCAGACACUUUAAAAACAGAAGAAGUAUUGCUGUUUACAGAUCAUACUGAUGAUUUGACCAAAGAGGAGCCAACCUCUUUAUACCAGAGAGACUCCCAGACCACGAGAGAGAGUGGGUUGGCACUAGAAGGUGACAAGGAAAUACACCAGAUUUUUGAGGACCUCGAUAAAAAAUUAGCACUAAGCUCCAGAUUUUACAUCCCAGAGGACUGCAUUCAAAGAUGGGCAGCUGAAAUGGUGGUAGCCCUUGACGCUUUACAUAGAGAGGGGAUUGUGUGCCGCGAUUUGAACCCAAACAACAUCUUAUUGAAUGAUAGAGGACACAUUCAGCUAACGUAUUUUAGCAGGUGGAGUGAGGUUGAAGAUUCCUGUGACAGCGAUGCCGUAGAGAGGAUGUACUGUGCCCCAGAGGUUGGAGCAAUCACGGAAGAAACUGAAGCCUGUGAUUGGUGGAGUUUGGGUGCUGUUCUCUUUGAGCUUCUUACUGGCAAGACUCUGGUCGAGUGCCAUCCAGCAGGAAUAAACACUCACACUACUCUGAACAUGCCAGAAUGUGUCUCUGAAGAGGCUCGCUCACUCAUUCAACAGCUGCUGCAGUUCAACCCUAUGGAGCGUCUUGGCGCUGGAGUUGCUGGUGUUGAAGACAUCAAAUCUCAUCCAUUUUUUACCCCUGUGGAUUGGGCAGAACUGAUGAGAUGA